GGUGCCCAGCAGUGCCACCCAUCAGUUCCGCCCACCUGUGCCCAGCAGUGCACCCACCUGUGCCACCCAGCAGUGCCCACCAGUGCCACCCACCAGUGCAGCUCAGCAGUGCUGCCAGUCAGUGCCCAGCAGUUCAGUGAUGCCAGUCAGUGCCACCUAUCAAUGCCGUCUAUCCGUGACACCUCAUUAGUGCCGCCUAUCCGUGCCACCUCAUUAGUGCUGCCUAUCAAUUCCCAUCAGUGCUGCCCAUCAGUGCCGCCUUUUAGUGCCCAUCAGUGCUGCCUCAUCAACGCACAUCAGUGAAGGAGAAAAAUUACCUGUUUGAAAAAUUUUAUAAUUGAAACAAAGAAACUUUUUUUUUUCUAAUUUUUUGCACUUUUUUUGUUUAUAG